UUUACGUCAGUUCGAUCCGUAAGCUCCUACGGCUGAAACCGAGUUCCUCGAUAUGGGUUCCUUCGUUUCCCAGCCUUUGGAUUCCGCCAAGGUCGCUGCACCUCCUGAGGCUGCCUCCUCCGCCAAGCCCGCGCCCAUCUCUGCACCCGGAGUGGCGACCUCUCCAGCGCAAUCUCCUCUAUUUAAUAAUUGCUGGAGCUGUCGCGUGCUCUCCGGGUCGGGGCUGAUAGGGGCGGGCGGGUACGUGUACUGGGUGGCGCGGAAGCCCAUGAAGCUGGGAUACCCCCCCGGUCCAGGGACUAUUGCACAGAUGGUCUUCGGCAUCAGCAUGGCUUGUUGGGGUGUGGUCAUACUCUCAGACCCCAAAGGGAAGGCUUUCCGUGCUGGUUGAAAGUACCACCAGUGAAUUUGUCAUCUCUCCAUGUCCCCAUGACAUAGAGCAAACAUAAGAUCAUAUGGAUAUUCUGGACAGAAACAUGGACAUUGACAGACUUCAGUCCUGCGGAUACUACAAGACUGAAAAGACAAACAUGAUUGUCAUUCAUUGGCAGUGAUUGCUUGUGGCCUUCUUCGCAGAUUCCGCAGGGAUCAAUAAAUCCCUCAGAGAAGAGAAGAGUUUCUACGUCUUAUCUGGGGAGGGAGAGUAUACUUUAAAAAAAAAAGGAAAUGAUAAACCAAAUAGGAAUGUGAGCUAAACUUAUUUUAAAUAGUUCUUUUACCCUCUCCCAUAAUUGGGUCAACACCUACUAUCAACCUAAUCCUGGAUAGGCAUCAUGCAAUAAGCUGAAGUACAAUUCAGUUAUGUGAUGUUAGUGCAUAUAGAAGUUCUAAGUUAGCAGGGACCAUAGAGGACCCAAAGCAGGGUACUUCCUUAAAGGCCCAUGACACAUGGUCAUCAACUAAAAUACCAAUGAAGACAAGUUACUACCUACUUAAAAGGCAGGCCAUUCUAUUGAUGGACAGCUAUAGUCCUGAAAUUUUCUUAGGUUAAACCCAAAUUACAUAAAUCUAACUUGCUGGUC